AGCAAGCAUUUUGAGUUUUAAAGCCAGCGAGGGGGUGGAAGAGAAAAGACCUGACAGCGACCUUCACUGCCGCCUCUUCUGCAGCACCCUGCCCGGGCAGGACAAGAGUCUCCCCCCGUCAGGACGAGCACGGGAAGCACAACUUCUUCUUCAAAGAAGAAAAGCAACUUUGUUUCUUUACCCGUCCGCCGAACGUCGGUCCAGUGACGCGCUUGACGGUUACCGUUAGCACUGUCGGGAACUCUUUUCCCCACCUCCACCACCCAAAAAAAAAAAAGCCAGCGUGCACGCGCAGCACCGUGGGUCCUGUUUGCACAGCUGCUUCCUUCGAGGGGUCCCGCUGCAAUCACGUCUCCAGCAGCACUGGGAUGAUUUUAACGGAGUGAGACGCCGCUGUACAGGGGAGAUCUACAAGAACGCCGACCUACCCAUCCCCGCUUCUUGGGGGGGGGGGGGGGGGGUGCUGACGUAGCAACUUGGUAACCGCCCCGAACUGAAUAUGGACGGAAUAGGGACGCUGCAGAGCUUGGCCCCCGAGACCAAGGCCGAGCGGAUUGCGAGGUACAAGGCGGAGAGGAGGAGGGAGCUCGCCGAGCGCUACGGCACCGCCGACGAGGCCGCCUCCAGAUACGUCCGCAGGGACAGGAAGGUCGCAGACGCAGCGGAAACCAAGGAGAAGGCAAACCAUGAGGAUAACGGAUCCGAGCAAACGCCCUCCAGGAGGGGCUACCGGAACAAAGUGACGGAGGAGGCCGCUCUCUCCGGAGCGGACGCGUCGGCGUCCGGUGAAUCGGAAGCGGUCUCCUCGGCGAAGGAGUCCACUCAUCUGAGUCUGCUGGAGACCGAUGACACGGAGGAACCAAAGGUUGACGAGAAGCCCGUGGACUCCGCCACAAGGACGCCAAAGAUGUCUCUUUACAAGGACCGGAAGGGGUCGGGGGAUGGAGGCGGCUCGCGACGCGCCAACGACAGGAUGAGCAGCGGCGAAGAGGACUCCUCCACCAGCCUUCCCAAAAGUGAAAGCAAGUUAAUGGAUGGGAAAGAAGCCCCAGAUGAAGCUCCAUGGAAGGAGCCGCAUGAAAAUGCUUCCACUGUCGAAGAAAAGCCUUCCAGCCUGCUCUCACACGGAGCUCUCCCCCACGGCAAGAACAGAGACGCCUCCCCGCCUCCCUCUCCUCCCUCUCCUCCCUGCCAGCUGGCCUCGCUGCAGCGCCAGGACUCCGGGUCUCGGGGCAUCAGGGGAAUCCUAAAGAAAAGCCGCUCCACCAGCAUGGAGUCGGACCACAGCGAGGGCUCGGCGCCGGACUGCGCGCCAGCCCGACCAACCGGAGUCACCCUCAGCCACCCAGAGAGUGGGGGGGAGAUGGAGGAGGAGGAGGAGGAUGAAGAGAUUGAGGAGGAGGAGGAGGAAAAUGAGGAGGUCAAUGGGGGGAAUGACAGAGAGGAUGAGUCCUUAACAGACGGAGGAGGCUUCAGCAUCGACCAACGACAGGGAGAGGAAAGCAGCAGCAGCAGCAGCAGCAGCGGCGGCGGGAGCUUCGAGGCGAUGCGGAGUCCGUCGCCCGACGAGAGCCUCGGGAGGACGUCCUCUGUGUCCGAGGACGUGGAGGAACUGGAGAGCAGUCUGGAUGGAAGCCAGGGCUCCUCGCUCAAACAGAGGUUGGCAGAAUUCUCUAGUGACGGCGAGAAGAAGGACGGGCCGAAGACGCCCAAGGCAUCCGAGUUGGUCCACACUUCGCUGGCCGAUCGCUUCGGCAAGCUCCAACACGCCGAAAACGCCUGGAUGAAAAAGAAAUCCAGCGUGGAGGUGGGGCCCAAGACGUCUCUGGCAGACCGCAUGAAGGUCCUCAAAGACAAGGAGGAGCAGUGGAAAAGCAAAGGCAAAGGAGCCGCCAACGACUCGGUCCAGUUCACCGUGGCGGGACGCAUGGCGAGGAAAGGUCUUGUUACAGACACCGGAAAGGAAGACUCGACCCUCAUCCCCCUCAAGAAGUCUAACGCCACGCCUGUGAAGCCGCUGGAAGAAAUCUCCAGUAGAAGCGAUGUCAAGGUGGAAGGAGAUAAAAGGCUCGACAAGCUGGAGUCUUUCCUCGACAAGCUACACAAUAAAGGCGUGAGCAAAAGCAAGACUUCCACCGUGGAGGUGACGGCCGAGACGGAGAAAGAGGUGAUGACCCUGGACGACGAGGAGACCUUCGGUAACUUCUACAAAUCCAUGUCACCGUCGACGCUCCACGACUCCGGUGUGGUUUUGACGGCGGAGGACCUCAGCCAGAUUCCUGCCGACUCACCAAAACUCACCUCGUCCGUAGCGGAACACAAGCGAGCAGUGCGACCAAACCGAAGGAACCAGGGCUCCAGGAACCCUCUGCGGGCUCUGGCCGCCCGCAAUGACCUCCGCCAGGUCUACACUGAGCAGAGGCUCAACGUGGCCUCACUGGAGACCAAGAGGAUCCAAGUGGAGAGGAUGGCAAAACACUCCAAAACAAACCUGGCUGACGUGGCCCUGGCGGGCCUCGCGAGCAAGGAGAACUUCCGCAAGAUCAACCUGCGCGACGUGAAAUCCACCGACGUUGUGACCAACAACAGCUCGCUGCCUUUCAACAAGCUCAUGCUAAUUCGCGUCAAAGGUCGCCGGCACAUCCAGGUGCGCCUGGUGGAGCCGACGGCGCGCUCCUUGAACAGCGGCGACUGCUUCCUGCUCAUCACGCCGAAGCACUGCUACAUGUGGAGCGGCGAGUUCGCCAACGUGAUCGAGAAAGCCAAGGCGGCGGAGAUGGCGGCGUUUGUCCAGGCCAAGAGGGACCUGGGCUGCAAGGCCUCCCAGGUGACGGUGCUGGAGGAGGGCAUCAACACCGACAGCAGAUGGGCCAAGGAGUUCUGGAGCCUGCUGGGCGGACAAACCCAAUACAGAGGUGCCGGGGAGCCAGAGGAGGACGAGCUGUACGAGAGUGGAGUUCUGGACUCCAACGGGGUGUACAGACUCCACGGGGAGAAACUGGUGCCUCACGAGGACGCCUGGGCCUCCAUGCCGAGUGUCACCCUGCUGGAUUCUAAAGAGGUCCUAGUGUUCGAUUUCGGCAGCGAGGUGUACGUGUGGCACGGGAAAGACGUGCCUUUGGGUGACAGAAAGGUCGCCGUGAAACUGGGCAAGCAGCUUCACAGCGGCAGCUACGACUACAGCAACUGCCGGGUGAACCCUUUGGACGCCUCCUUCACCGCUUCGGAUGGAUCCCAGCAAGGGGAGGGUCGUCCGAGCUGGACUCUGUUCGGCCGGCUGUCGGAGCACAACGAGACGUCCCUGUUCAGAGAGAAGUUCCUGGACUGGGCCGACAGGAAGAAGGAGGAAGCGGCUCAGGCGGAUGAAGUCAAGAGCCCGAUCCACUGCAUCGAGCGGCCCUCGCUGGAACUGGAGCUGCAGCCGUGCGACGCCAAGGCCCUGCUGGACAACGAGCCGGAGCCCGUGAAGACGGUGCUGGAGGGGGUCAACGUCCAGCGGGGCCACGGCCUGGUGAGGGCGGAUGACGGGCGGCAGGCGGAGCUGGCCACGGUCGACGUGGACGCCUGGCACAUCAAGGAGCACGGCGAGGAGGAGCUGCCGAAGGGGAGCCUGGGCCAACUUCACCAGGGCGACGCCUAUAUCGUCCGCUGGAAGUACUCGGUCACCACGCUCGUGGGUAAGCGGCAGAAGCCCGGCGAGCUCAGUGCCGGUGCUCCGGGGAGAGAGAGGACCGCCUGUUUUUUCUGGCAAGGCAGCCAGUCCAGCAUCAGUGAGAAGGGGACAUCUGCCCUGAUGACAGUGGAGCUGGGCAGCCACAGGGGGUCACAAGUGUUGGUGAGUGAGGGAAAAGAGCCUCCGUGCUUCCUGCAGCUCUUCCAGGGCGGUUUGAUCAUCCACAAGGGCAGUAGAGAAGAUUACGCCAGCAAGACAGCUGGCUGGCGGUUGUUCUGCGUCCGAGGAGAGGAGGAGGUGGAGGCCUCCCUGGUGGAGGUAGAUUGCCAGCACGCCAGCCUGCGCUCCCGUGCCAGCCUGGUGCUCCUGAACGCCCAGAAAGGCCUUCUGUUCUUGUGGCACGGCUGUAAAGCCCACGCCGGCGCCAGGCGGGUGGCCAGAAGGGCUGCGGACAGAGUGACCCAGAGGUGUCCCUCUGAGGUGGGUCUGAGCAGCAGCGUGGAAGUGGAGGAGGUGGAGGAGGGAUCUGAGCCCGCGGCGUUCCAGGAGGCUCUGGGCCCGCAGGACAAGAAGGCCUACGACUGUAUGCUGCAAGAUCCAGGAAAGUACAACUUCACACCGCGGCUGUUCCGGCUGAGCGCCAGCUCCGGGCUGUUCGAGGGCGAGGAGCGGCUGUACCCGGCCAGGGUGACUGAGGGAGUCAUGGCGAUGCCCUUCCUGCAGGAGAACCUCUACUCCUCACAGCAGCCAGCCCUGUUCCUGCUGGAUAACCGGAUGGAGGUGUACCUGUGGCAGGGCUGGCAGCCCGACGACACGCAGUGUACCGGCUCGGCGAAGAUGCGCUGGAACAGCGAGAGGAAGUGUGCCAUGGAGACCGUGCUGCAUUACUGCAAAGAGAAGAACCUUCGGCGCCCCCCUCUGGCGUAUCUGGUCCUAGCAGGCUGUGAACCGCUCACCUUCACCAAUAUCUUCCCAUACUGGGAGAAGGACACCAGCAUCACAAAGACGGAGAGCUCCAAGAACAAGGUGAUGUUGGUGAAGGAGGCGCUUGCUCAGCUCAGUAGGCUGCAGUACUCCAUCGAGGAGCUGACCAGUAAACUGCUGCCGGAGGGCGUGGACCCUCUGCGGCUGGAGGAUUACCUCUCCGACCAGGACUUCAAGACACUUCUUGGGAUGAGUCGAGUCGAGUUCAACGCUCUGCCAAACUGGAAGCAAAAGAAUCUGAAGAAAAGCAAAGGCCUGUUUUAAAACAUAUAUUUUUGUACUCCAAUAUGCCUGUUUUUAAAUGUUCCUGCAGUUUUUAUAACAUUUGAGAAAAAAUUAUAUCUUCAUUCUGUACAAGAACAGCAGACGUAUAAUUUUGUUGAAAUAUUGAUCUAUUUCAAAUAACCUCCAAUUUUUUUAUGUUUCCAUGUGUCCCUGAAAUAUUUUAGCCGAUCAUUAUGUGCAAUUAUUAACCUUUUUGAUGGCAAGAUGUUUUCCCUGUAUGGUCUCAAUAGUUACUCUCACAUUAUAAAUAUGUAAUAUACUAUAAAUGAAUGUGUUUUUACGUCUGACACCACACUGUCAAUUUUCAUGUGAGAGCGUGUUUGUAUCAGAAUUGCCAAUAUUGUUAAAAUGUAGUGACUUAUUCAUUGAUUCAAUUGUAAAAGACAGAAAGCUGUGUGUAACUGGAUUGAAUCCUUAAGCAAAUCAAGUCAAAGUUUAGAGAACAAUGCCCAUAACGUUUGGAAGAAACGCGCUGGUUUAAGAUUGAACUCGAGCCGUCUGACUCGCAUGGUUAUAAAUGGAAAUAUGAAUUAUUACCGUAGUUCCAAUGUGGGUGUUAGAAAACAGACACAGCCCAUCACAUGGUGGCGACUCCCUGCUGUCGCCCAUGACGUUUUUUUUCCAAGUCGGUACUGAAUACUCUUCAUGUGUCUGUAACGUCAGCCCUCUGAUCCACUGGUUGCUACGGACCAAAGCAAAUCGGUUUUUCCUGUGCGUAUGUUUGUGUGACUUUAAAAGUAUUAAGUGUGUGUGGUGAGAGAGUAACUGGAGUAUAAACUGCCUUUUUGAUAGCUGGAGCCGACACCACAGGCGCGUAAUGGAAAUGUGAUGUGAGGGUAUGUCAUGCAUAAACUAUACUGUUGAUACUGCCUGUGAUUUCUGUUUUUUUUUUUUUUUAAAGAAAAAAAAAAAAGCAUAACAAUUGUUUUCAUUUGUUGCGAUAUGCAUCUUUUUUUGUGAUACAUAAAAUCAUCACUGAGUGUGGAGACAUCUUCUGGGGCCAUCUUGUAUUUUAUGGCACAUUAAUAGUCAACAUUGGUGGUGGGGAAAUGAGAUAUUGAUGCUCAAGAUUCCCUUUUUAAAUAAAGUAUUUAAAAAAGA